AAAUCUUUCAUCAACUUGAUAUUCUCUCUAUAACUUCUAAUUUAUUCUCUUAGGCAAAACACAAAUUCCUUUUUAUUUCAAUCCAAGAAGUGAGUAGGAUUAAUGGCAUCAAGGAGAAUUCACAAGGAACUAAGGGAGUUGCAAAGAGACCCUCCUACUUCAUGUAGUGCAGGUCCUGUGGCUCAGGAUAUGUUUCAUUGGCAAGCAACCAUUAUUGGCCCAAAUGACAGCCCUUAUGCAGGUGGUGUUUUUCAAGUGGCCAUCCAUUUCCCCCCUGAUUACCCUUUCAAACCCCCCAAGGUGGCUUUCAAGACCAAAGUUUUCCACCCAAAUAUAAACAAUAAUGGAAAUAUUUGUUUGGACAUUCUUAAGGAUCAAUGGAGUCCUGCCCUCACCAUAUCCAAGGUUUUGCUAUCCAUAUGUUCACUGCUAACGGAUCCAAAUCCAGAUGAUCCAUUGGUAUCAGAAAUUGCUCAUAUGUACAAGACUGAUAGAAACAAGUAUGAAUCAGUGGCUCGUAAUUGGACUCAAAAAUAUGCUAUGAACUGACUUAUUGUAUCCCGUGGAAUUAGUCGAGGUGUGCAAGAGCAGACUCGGACAACACAAUUAUAAGAAGCAGAAAAAGCUCAUGCUACUUGUUAACCAUGAUUUCUUCAUUGAGAUAUCUAACUAUGCAAAUUUGGGCUAAAUAAAUGGGUCUCUUUUUUCUUUUUCUUUUGUUUCUUACUAAACAAUAUAAAAUGUUCUGAAUGAAUUUUUUAUUUUA